GUUUCUGGUCGGAAAAGAAAGGCGAAAGGAGUUUGGGACAUCGAAGUUGUUCUGAGAGCUUCCUCCUGAGGCUGUUUUGACAAAAUGAGCGGAUUUAGAACAUUUCUGGGCUCAACAUUUAUCUUCCUGCUGGUGGAGUACUGCCUGGUUGGUUGUGAUAUAACUGACGGAAACGCGGAACAUCAGAAGAGGGAGCACUCUCUGACGAAGCCUUACCAAGGUGUUGGCAGUCAGUGGGAUUUCUGGGGAAGCACGCUGGUCACAAGCUCUUAUGUCCGACUGACUCCAGAUGAAAGAAGCAAGCAGGGAUCCAUAUGGAAUACUGUGCCUUGUUAUCUGAAGGACUGGGAGAUGCAUGUGCAGUUUAAAGUUCACGGAUCAGGGAAGAAAAAUCUCCAUGGCGACGGCAUCGCUGUCUGGUACACGAAGGAUAGGCUGCAUCCAGGGCCUGUGUUUGGAAACCAAGAUCAGUUUCACGGCCUGGCUAUUUUUUUGGAUACCUUCCGCAAUGACCUCCAUGGAAUGGAUCGCUCCUUCCCUUUCAUCUCGGCCAUGGUAAACAACGGCACAGUGAGUUAUGAUCAUGGGAAAGAUGGCCGCUCAUCGGAGCUGGGAGGCUGCUCAGCUGACAUCAGAAACAGAGAUUUUGAGACAUACCUCGCUAUUCGCUACUCCAGAGGAAGACUGACUGUGAUGGUAGACGUGGAUGACAAGAACGAGUGGAAAGAGUGCAUCGACAUUGGAGGUGUUCGUCUCCCUACUGGAUAUUUCUUUGGAGCAUCAGCAGCAACUGGAGAUCUCUCAGAUAACCAUGACAUCAUUUCUAUGAAGCUCUACCAGCUGAUGGUGGACCACACCCAAGAGGAAGAAAACUUGGACUGGACUAAAAUCGAGCCUAGUGUCAGCUUUUUCAGGUCCCCCAAAGGUAUAUUAGGAUUUCAGAACAACAUUGAUGAUCCAACUGGAAACUUCCGUGGUACGGCCCUCACAGGUUGGAAGGUGUUCCUGCUCCUCCUGUGCGCUCUGCUGGGAAUUAUCGUGUGCGCAGUGGUGGGAGCUGUGGUUUUCCAGAAGAGACAAGAGAGAAACAAGAGGUUCUACUGAGCAGAAAGCUGAACCUCGUCACAGAGGCACAGCUUUGUUGUGGAAUGAACUAUUCCUAGAUGACAGAACGAGCACAUUCAAUGUGAACUUUUUACUGAAGAUUGUACAAAUGUUUAUACCUUUUUAAAGUACUACAUUACAAGUGAAUCUUGGUAGUAAGAAGGUGGAGGACAAGUGGUGACAUCAUCAGUGACCUUAAAUGCUGAUUUUUGUGUCCUUGUUCUUUUACUGCAGGAUAAGCUAGAUAUAAACUGGGAAUUCUGUCUUUAAAAGGUUGUUUCCACCAGCCUGUUGGUUAUUCUAGUGUCUCUAGCCCCUUUGAGCCACCUGUGCUGCAGAAAUGAAUGGUGAAAUCAGGAUUUAGGUUUUUUUUUUCCUUUUGUCUUCCAACCAUUUAUACUUAUUUUUGCAAACAAUAGCUGUACCAGACAAGAAAACUUGCUAAUUUAAAAUACCGAAGGAAAUUAAUCUUGUAAAAUUGAUUGACCUGCAACCCUGAUCAAGUUGAGAAGAACAAGUUCUAUUUGUUAUCAGGUUUUUUUUUUGUUUUACUGCCGUUCUCGUUCUAAGAACCAGAAAAUCGGAAUCUUAAAGUUUUGAGAUUACGUUUUGUUUCAUGCGUAUCUGAGUUACAACAAACAUUUUUGGCUGUCUGGUAUUCUGAUGGGUUUUCUUCUUUUGUCGCUCAAAGUAUCAAAGGUGGAGGUUGUUUUGAUAAGGUCUGCACUUAGUUGAUUUUUUUUGUUUGUCUUUUUUCUGUUUGUUUCAAACCAAUGUCAGACAGAUAUACAGUUAGGGCAGCACCUAAUAACGCUGUAGGCGGCGUCUUAAGAAGAAAUUAAUCUUGAAAAAAUGUAAUCUGGAAAGAAACCAUAAAAAUAGAUAAAUAUCUUACUUUGAAAGUGUUGUUUAUGUUUGAUCAAAACCUUUAGACAUCAAAAAUCCUUAGAGCUGAUGUCAGUUUGCAAUAAUCACAAUCAUCUCAUCAUUUGAUCUCUUUACUUUGCCUGUACUAAUAGAUAUACAAUAAAUAGGAUGUGUGUGUGUGUGUGUGUGUGUGUGUGUGCUUUGAAGCUAUUUGAGUUAAUAUAUAUGACCAUGUGUUGGCUGUGAUUUACUUAUUUUUUUAAUCUAAAUUGUUUUUUUUCUUCAGUAUCGAUGAAAAGAAACUUUUAUUUUGAGAGUUUUGAAUUCUUUUGAGUUUAAGAAAGUUGGAUUGGUGUAAAACGUUUCAAGAUUAGGUGUUAGGAGGCCACAUACUGGACUCAAUUUUGAGUUAUAUUUGUCUUUUAAUUUUUUCCUAUUUGUCUUUUUGUUGUGGUUGUCUGCAGUCAGCAAUGCUAAAUUCUUAUUGGUGGAUUCAUUAAUUAAAAAAAAACAUUCACUGUCAAAAGUGAUCUCCACAGUGUUAUGAACUUCCAGCUAAAGAUAUCAGAGACUUAGGAUUUAUUAUUAUAUUUCUGAAAGCUGAAGCUCAUGAUCUCUACAUGUUCUGCUUUUCCUGCCACUUCAGCCGGGCUUGUGAUGAAACUUGAAGCAGCUGCACUCAUCAGAAAUAAUGCAAAUAAUGAAUAAAAAUGUUAAGUGUU